UUUGCAAAGUACGUCAAAUGGAAUAUAAUUAAACGAUAAACGAUAUUCAUUAAAUGAAAGUAUUAAAUGCAACAAAGUAGCUUUUAAAUUUUUAGAUACAUUCUUGAAGAAUCGAUGGCCGCGAGUACUUGUGUCCUGUUAGUUAUGCUCAUCUGGAUCCUUUCCGACGCGGUCCAGUCGGCGGAAUGGGAGGACAUCCAGUACGACCCGAACCAUCCCGGUAAGUGCACCAUCAACCCGGGACUCGUCCUGAAUCCGGGGGUCAGCAUCAAGGAUCCCACGCACGAGUGCCGCAAAAUCUUCUGCGGACUUAGCGGACGUGUCGUUUACCACAGCUGCGGAGUGAGCAUCCUGUCGCCUCCUUGCCGCUACGGUGGAUAUAUCAAUCUAGAUCUUCCCUAUCCGGACUGCUGCAGCAGAGCCCUACUUUGCAGAUAGGCAGGAUGAGUCGUGUUCAAUUGGAUAUAUUUUAUAUCUCUAACGAUAUCUGUGCAAAAUGUCCUUUGUGCCAGAAACGUUUAUUAUUUGUGGGUUUUUAUGGAGCUUAGUGGUUUGCACAGCAUUCGCUGAUUUUUCACUCAACAAAUUCACUACGUGGAUUCGAGUAACUUGGCUGCAACCGCAAAGUUGAGUGAAAGUAAAAAUUUUAGUUAAAAAAUGUGUUCAGUUUUAAAUUAGGUCAUAGUGCACAUUUCGAAAUUAAGAAAGCAGCUAACAAUGUUAUGAAUAAAUCAAUUUUAUCCACAAA